CGCGCGUGGGCGGGGCGAGUCCGGCGGGGGGUAUAAGUAGAGGGUGCAGGAGGCGGUGCUUCCCCUUCUCCCCGGCGGUUAGUGCUGAGAGUGCGGAGUGUGUGCUCCGGGCUCGGAACACACAUUUAUUAUUAAAAAAAUCCAAAAAAAAUCUAAAAAAUCCUUUGAAAAAACCCAAAAAAAAUUUACAAAAAAUCCGCGUCUCCCCCGCCGGAGACUUUAUUUUUUUUCUUCCUCUUUUAUAAAAUAACCCGGUGAAGCAGCCGAGACCGACCCGCCCGCCCGCGGCCCCGCAGCUCCAAGCAGGAACCCAGAGACCGAGGCCUUCCUGCCGCCCGGACCCAGCACCGCCAGCCUCGCUCCCCCGGUUCCACGGCCGUUGAGUACGCGUCGAUUCCGGUUGAAUUUUGUCCCUCUGCGCUCGCCCCCGCUCCCCUCCCCCCCGGCUCCGUCCCCCGGCCCCGCACUCGCUCUCCUCCUCUCACGGGAAAGGUCGCGGCCUGCGGCCCCGCGGGCAGCCGUGCCGAGAUGAACCCCAGCGCCCCCAGCUACCCCAUGGCCUCUCUGUACGUGGGGGACCUGCACCCCGACGUGACCGAGGCGAUGCUCUACGAGAAGUUCAGCCCGGCCGGGCCCAUCCUCUCCAUCCGGGUCUGCAGGGACAUGAUCACCCGCCGCUCCUUGGGCUACGCGUACGUGAACUUCCAGCAGCCGGCGGACGCGGAACGUGCUUUGGACACCAUGAAUUUUGAUGUUAUAAAGGGCAAGCCAGUACGCAUCAUGUGGUCUCAGCGUGAUCCAUCACUUCGCAAAAGUGGAGUAGGCAACAUAUUCAUUAAAAAUUUGGACAAAUCCAUCGAUAAUAAAGCACUGUAUGAUACGUUUUCUGCGUUUGGUAACAUCCUUUCAUGUAAGGUGGUUUGUGAUGAAAAUGGCUCCAAGGGCUAUGGAUUUGUACAUUUUGAAACACAGGAAGCAGCUGAAAGAGCUAUUGAAAAAAUGAAUGGGAUGCUUCUAAAUGAUCGUAAAGUGUUUGUUGGACGAUUUAAAUCUCGGAAGGAACGAGAAGCAGAGCUUGGAGCUAGGGCAAAAGAGUUCACCAAUGUUUACAUCAAGAACUUUGGAGAAGACAUGGAUGAUGAGCGCCUUAAGGAACUCUUUGGCAAGUUUGGGCCUGCCUUAAGUGUGAAAGUAAUGACGGAUGAAAGUGGAAAAUCCAAAGGAUUUGGAUUUGUAAGCUUUGAAAGGCAUGAAGAUGCGCAGAAAGCAGUGGAUGAGAUGAAUGGAAAGGAGCUCAAUGGAAAACAGAUUUAUGUUGGUCGAGCUCAGAAAAAAGUGGAACGGCAGACGGAACUUAAGCGCAAAUUUGAGCAGAUGAAGCAAGAUAGGAUCACCAGAUAUCAGGGUGUGAACCUUUAUGUGAAAAAUCUUGAUGAUGGUAUUGAUGAUGAGCGUCUCCGGAAAGAGUUUUCUCCAUUUGGUACAAUCACCAGUGCAAAAGUAAUGAUGGAGGGUGGGCGCAGCAAAGGGUUUGGUUUUGUAUGCUUUUCAUCCCCUGAAGAAGCCACUAAAGCAGUUACAGAGAUGAAUGGUAGAAUUGUGGCCACAAAGCCACUGUAUGUAGCUUUAGCUCAGCGCAAAGAAGAGCGCCAGGCUCACCUCACUAACCAGUAUAUGCAGAGGAUGGCAAGUGUCCGAGCUGUGCCCAACCCUGUGAUCAACCCCUACCAGCCAGCACCUCCUUCAGGUUACUUCAUGGCAGCUAUCCCACAGACUCAGAACCGUGCUGCAUACUAUCCUCCUAGCCAAAUUGCUCAACUAAGACCAAGUCCUCGCUGGACUGCUCAGGGUGCCAGACCUCAUCCAUUCCAGAAUAUGCCCGGUGCUAUCCGCCCAGCUGCUCCUAGACCACCAUUUAGUACGAUGAGACCAGCUUCCUCACAGGUUCCACGAGUCAUGUCAACACAGCGUGUUGCUAACACAUCAACACAGACAAUGGGUCCACGUCCUGCAGCUGCUGCUGCUGCAGCCACUCCUGCUCAAGAACCUUUAACUGCUUCCAUGUUGGCAUCUGCGCCCCCGCAAGAGCAAAAGCAAAUGUUGGGUGAACGGCUGUUUCCUCUUAUUCAAGCCAUGCACCCUUCUCUCGCUGGCAAAAUCACUGGCAUGUUGUUGGAGAUUGAUAACUCAGAAUUACUUCACAUGCUUGAGUCUCCAGAGUCUCUCCGCUCAAAGGUUGAUGAAGCUGUAGCUGUACUACAAGCCCACCAAGCGAAAGAGGCUGCCCAGAAAGCAGUAAACAGUGCCACUGGUGUUCCAACUGUCUAAAUUGAUCAGGGACCACGAACAGAAACUCGUGCUUCACCGAAGAAAAAUAUCUUAAACAUCGAAAAAUUUAAAUAUUAUGAAAAAAAACAUUGCAAAAUAUAAAAUAAAUAAAAAAAGGAAAGGAAACUUUGAACCUUAUGUACCGAGCAAAUGCCAGGUCUAGCAAACAGUGCUAGUCCUAGAUUACUUGAUUUAAAACAACAAAAAAUACAAAAAAAUAGUAAAAUAUAAAAACAAAUUAAUGUUUUAUAGACCCUGGGAAAAGAAUUUUCAGCAAAGUACAAAAAUUUAAAGCAUUCCUUUCUUUAAUUUUGUAAUUCUUUACUGUGGAAUAGCUUGGGACGUCAGUUCUGUUUUAAGGAGCAGAACUGACGACUGAGCAAGGAAACGUAAUUUGGAUUAUAAAAUUCUUGCUUUAAUAAAAAUUCCUUAAACAGUA